ACCCGGGAAACUCGACAAUCUAAUUGACUACAGCAUCUUAUCCGAAGCCACAGAAUAUGGUGGCAUGUCCAACCACUCUGACGCCUUACCCACCGAUCUCUCCAAUAAAACCGGUUUCGCGCUCUGGGGCAAACGAGGUGAUGGUCUUUCCCCCUGGUCGACGAACACGGCCUCUACACCGGCGAUUUGUGUGAAUCCGGAUCGAAAUUUUGGUUCACAUGGUCACUCAACCCCUCUGAACGCGAGGAAUGGGCUGUAGCACGGCAAGCAGGCAUCCAAUACGCACCAAACAAACCCGGGUUUCCUAUUUACCUCAAGAAGGGGGAUUUACUAAUUAUGCCACCAGGGACGGUGCAUGCACCGCUGAGUCUGGAAGAUGCGAUUAUGCAUGGGUUUCAUGUGUGGUGUAGCAAGACGAUGGUGGAGACGGUGGAGACGGCGGAGAGUGCGCUUUUGGAUUUGAGAUUUCCUACGUGUACGAAUGAGGAGCCGAGGAGGGAGUUGAGGGCGAAGUUGGUGCAUUUGGUGAGGGCGAGCAAGGCGAGGAUACCGCCUUAUACGUGGGGGGUUCAUGGGGAGUUUGCGGAGUUGGUGAAGCGCAUUUCGGCGGGGUUGGACGGUUUGGAGACAUGAUGAAGGUGCUGUGAUGGGGGUUUGAUUGGGGUAUUAGCGGGUAUGAGCUGAGAGUGAUCAUUGAUGAGUCUAUUCGCGUGCUACGA